CAGGGCAUAGGACGCUCUUUUUGUAAUGCUCAGAGAGUUUUAUUAUGUAGUUAAUACAACUAAUCAACGACGGGUUAACGAGAGACUGUAAGAGAGUGUGAAUGUGCAGCACUACGAUACUUAUGCUUUGAUUGUGCUGCUGAUCUCAUGACGAGCGCGCUGGAUUAUUUAAGUUAACAAAAUAUGCAUCUCUACACUCAUCUCAUGUGUCGCCGGUGGUUGGUGUCCACGCUGAGGGGUCACGGAGGUCAUUUUCGGAGCUUCAGUGUCUCAGCCUCCCGCAGGACUGUGAUGCCCGCAUGGGUGAUCGAUAAAUACGGGAAGAACGACGUGUUGAGGUUCACCAAGAACGCGGCGCUUCCCAUCAUCCACUAUCCCAAUGAAGUAAUCGUGAAGGUGCACGCUGCGGGCAUUAACCCCAUUGACAUCAGUAUGAGGGGUGGUUAUGGGGCGGCUACUAUGGCCAUGAAACGUGACCCACUAAACAUGAACCAGUCAGGCAGUGAGUUUCCACUUAUCCUGGGGCGUGAUGUAUCCGGAGUCAUCAUGGAAUGUGGGCUGGAUGUGAACUACUUUAAACCAGGAGAUCAGGUGUGGGCAGCCAUCCCUCCAUGGAAGCAAGGUAGUCUGGCAGAGUUUGUAGUACUUAGUGCCAAUGAGGUGUCACACAAGCCCAAAUCGCUGAGUCACGUUGAAGCGUCAGCAAUUCCGUAUGUGGCUGCAACGGCCUGGUCCUCCAUCGUCAACACUGGCGGCCUGAACAAGGACAACAGUGCUAAGAAACGUGUGCUCAUUCUCGGAGGAUCUGGAGGUGUGGGAACCUUCGCUAUACAGAUGGUAAAGGCCUGGGGCGCCCAUGUGACUGUAACGUGUUCACAGAAUGCCGAGCGGCUGGUGAGAGAUCUAGGCGCUGAUGAUGUUGUGGAUUACACUGCUGGACCGGUCGAAAAGCAACUACAGACUUUACAAAAGUUUGAUUUAAUUUUAGAUAAUAUUGGGGGAGAAACUGAGAAAUGGGCACUGGGUCUUCUGAAACCUUGGAAUGGUGCAAAGUAUGUUACACUAGUAACGCCGUUCCUGCAUAACACAGACCUACUGGGCCUCGCAGAUGGAAUGAUGCAGUCUGGAGUCACCAUAGCAAAGAAAGUGCUGAAGCACCUCAGGAAAGGAGUGCACUAUCGCUGGGGUUUCUUUGCUCCUAGCGGUCCUACACUGGAUGACAUCAGCGAAAUGGUUGAUGCUGGAAAGAUCCGUCCCGUGGUGGAGGAAGUGUUCUCUUUUGCUCAGGUGCCUCAAGCUUUUCAGAAAGUGGAGGAGGGCCAUGCUCGCGGAAAAACUGUGGUUACCAUCACCAAGGACCAGGAAGAUUAACCAUAGCAACCAAAUAAACAAACUUGUGAUGGUUGUGCUGUGUCAUCAUGGUAACAGAGCAAUCUAGUUUAAAAAUGUUUAAAGCUGUUAAACCUUUAACAUUUUCCCAUCUCUGUUGAAUUAAAAGAAUAUGGCCAUUA